AUGUUCCUAGACUGGUUUGUUUCUACUAGUAUGGAGAAGCCGACCGAUGUCUCGUUGGCUGAGCUACGCACCGCUGCUUGCGACGUAUCUUCCGUGGAGAAGCAGAGCGCAGACAGCAACGCAACAGCUCCAACGACCGCGGAAGCCGAAGAGAUGGAUAUGACUUCCAUCGACAAGGAUUCAACAGAUAAUAAGGCUACACCAUUGUCGGACAAGGCGCAUAUCGACUCUGUAGCUCUAAGUCCUCUAGCAGUACAGCCCUCUGAUCAUGGCGCCGCUCCUGCCGCAGAGGAAACAACCAAAGGCGACAGCGCAACCCCUUCAGCGGUUGUGGUGCCUGAUCAGGCGAGCGAUUGGAAUUCCGUCAUUAUCGAUGAGACUUACACAGAGACUCUUUCUUUGGAUGCGUCGCUCCCCGACGACGACGCCGCAUAUUCAGUAAACAACGAGGACGCCCACGAACCUGGGACCGUAAUGCCAGCAAGCGCACAAACAACCCCGCAACCUCUAAAUAGUGCCCAGGCGGAGCAAUUGGAGUUCAACGACGAAGAGGUCCCCCUAAAAGAGGAUGCUGAUACGUUUAUCAUCACCAAGCAGAACUACCCCUCAGAGCGGAACGGCACGCUCAAGAACGAAGUGGCUGCAGCGGUGUGCACACCUGUGGCCACCGCCUCGAAGGCCGGCGAGGCUGUCAAGCGCAAAGCGGAGGAUAUACUAACACCAGGCACGUUGAAACACGUAUUGGAUAACAUGAAGGCCACCGUAACGGACGGUGCAUCUGCUUAUGUAAACGGUGUCACAGCGGGCUACGAUUUCCCAGAGAUUGCGGGCCGCGUGAUCGAACCUAUCGUCAACAUUGCCGAUAACAUCCCUUCUCGUGAAGAGACCAGCAAGUUUGUCGAUGCGAUCACAGAUAGACUUCAAGAAUGGUUCGGGAAGCGCAAGAAGCGCCGGUCGACGGAACCGGACAUCCUCGAUCCAGACAACAUGGCGAACAUGGAAGAUGCACACCAGGUGUUCGCUCGCGAGAUGGCUGCGAAGGCGCGGCGCUUCUUGGUUUCUUAUGGCAUCUGCCACCAGUGGCAGGUUAUGUGCGACCGAAACACUAUAAAGUGGCAUUAUGAGCUUCAGCGCGCUUUGGAGGCUUUCUAUCUCGAGCACAAACAGUACAUGCGAGCCGAGGAGCUCAUGGAUGCAGAACCCUCCUGGUUUGCUGAUAAGCAGAAAGGCUGCUUCGUCUUGAUGCUGUUCGCUAAGUGGGAGGUAGACGACAAAGCGGACGUUGGUGGUCGCGACGGGCUGCUCGCCACGGACUUCGCGCUUCCGGAGAUGUUCUGCAAGGUAUCGACGGCCGACAUAUGUCCUGAUCCUUCUUCCGUGGCCAUUGAAGACAUCGACAACGAGAAUGGCCUUGAGCACGAGGAGGAUGGCGUUUUCUGGCUGAAGGAUGAUGACCACGAGUAUGCCGACGAAGAAGAAGAUGCCGGAGAGGUCUGGCUGGACGAAGGCACCGACCGGGAAACCGAGACCUCUACGCCUGACGAUGGGCGUGAGGAUGGUGUGAUCUGGUUGCAUGAUGACGCUGACGAGGAGAGCGAGUCCACCUCGGCUGUUGCAGCGAUGUGA